GGUGGCCUUUUUAUAACUCUUUUCUAUAUUUUUUUGCGCUUGGCUUCAUGAUUUAGUCGUACUCGAGUUCACUUUAAUUUUUUUAUUGAGCUUCAUGAAAAGCAUGAAAUCACAGUGACAGACUUAUUCUUCAUUAUUGACAAAAAAGGACGUAUUCAUGCACCUCAUCGCUUGGUUUGCGAUUUUAACUCCAUGCCUCACCUACUUUGUUUGUCUUCGCUUCUUUGACUCAAAUCUAGAUCACUUCGCAGUUUCUGGUUUUUUUGGUUUUUCAAUCGGGGCGUUUAUCCUAUGGAUAUAUUCGCUUUAUCUGGCGAACAAAUAUCUGACUGAACGUGAGAAGCGGGAUGCACAACGCGCGGAGGAUGAUAUGGCAAGCUUAAUCCCCUCCGAAAACUCAAACAAAACAACAAGUGAGGGCGGAACGGGACCUUUUCAUGCCACCGGUAGUUUCCGGCAACCCUCAAUACUUGAUGAGGAGGACAAAUACGGGAAAAAAACGAGAAGACUAAAAACAAUCUACACUAGAAUGUUUACAAGCUUUUCAGAGGAUGUCAGAAGUUCCGAAGCUUGGUUUUACCACAAGGGGAAGCGAUACGUGGGCCCACGAACGACAAGGCGGUUAUCGCCUGUAAUUCCCGCGUUUUUAAGUUUGCUUUAUAUCUUGUUUGCGGCGGCAAAUGCGUUAGUGGUGAUUUGGAUUGUGAUUAUUCAGAUGAAAACGGAUUAACGCGCUAGGGCUUUGCGGAAGCAGUGAGCAGUUGAUAUCCCAAAACGCACUGCAAACACGCCCCGAUCAGUCUUUCGCCAUUUUAUAAUCCGUCGAAAUUGGGCGCAAUCAAUUUUGGGAACAUCCUCGUCAUGUACUAAUCUAAAUGU